AUGGACGAGCAGAUCGAUAGCCGAUCGUUGAUUGGAACGUACAUUUGUGGGGAGACGGUUGGGGAAUUUCAGUGGUGUCCGGGUGCUCUUGUCCAGGCGCUCAAACUCGGCCAUUGGCUGAUUCUGGAGAACAUCGAUCGCGCUCCAUUCGAUGUGCUGUGUACGCUGAGGCCUCUUUUGGAAGAUCGACGCUUGGAAAUCCCAGGACGUUGCGAGAUGAUUGAGGCUGCACCUGGUUUCCGCCUUAUUUUAACCGCCACAACAAUGAAUGGGGCGACUCCAGCGCAUUCAGCCAUGAAGAUACUACGAAGUCUUUGCGCAGUUGCUCGAAUGAACUCGCUGGAACCCAACGACCUCCGCCAGAUUAUCGAGCAUAAGUACUCUUCGCAGGCUUCCUUUGCUGGAGCUUUGCUAGACACUUUCGAAGCUGCCAAGCAAACGUUGCGGAAGCGAAAUCGUUGCUGGCGGCAGCCCAACACUAGAGAUUUGUUCAAGUUGUGCGAUCGGGCGGUUGAAUAUCUGUCCAGCUCAGGCCACAUGGAAGCGCUCAACGAGAACGUGCGGCAGAAGGUAUUUGCCGAAGCCUAUGACGUGUUGAUGGCUGCCUCGCCUUGCUCGAAGCAGGAGCGAUGGUCGUUGGCCGAACAAGCGUUCGCUCAUGUGUGGCAUCUCCACACAGGCACAGGCGACAUCAUGAGGAACGCCACCGAUCUACGUCCGAUUCCUGCUAUCCCAUCGUCUUCACCUGGACAAUCGACGACGUCUUUGGUGCUCACGGUGCACACCAAGCAAACCUUGGAGGCCAUUUCAGCGGCGGUAACACGAAACGAAGCUGUGUUAUUAUGUGGCGAAACUGGGAUUGGCAAGACUGCGGUUGUACAGGAACUGGCUGCUCGUGCUCAGCACAAGUUGAUUGCUACCUGUACGCCGCUCUUGAACACGUUUGGGAAGCUUUUCCCUCGUACGCUGAGUCGUCGUUCGAACGUUACCUUUGUCGAAUCGCUUCGCGAGGCCUACCGAAAGGGCCACUGGUCCAAAGUGGUCAAGCUGCUGCAGAACGUGGUGGAGACCGUGCUCAAGCGCUUCGAGCUUGACGCCCAGAGCACUGGUGACGCCAGCAAACGGCGCAAGCAGACCAGCAGCGAGUUACAAGAUGCCUGGAAGUGCUUUGCGAAGGAUCUGGAACGUUUUGCUCGGCAAGUGUUGCACGUUGAGCAAGGCGGGGGAAUGGCUUUUGCUUUUCUCGAAGGGUCGCUGGUGCGAGCUUUGAGGGAAGGUUCAUGGCUGUUGUUGGACGAGAUCAACCUGGCGUCCGCUGAGACCCUGGAGCGAUUGAGUAGCAUGCUGGAAGACAGCGAGCAAGGAUCAGUGAUCUUGCUAGAGAAGGGAGAGUUAGUUCCAGUCCCUCGUCACCCUGCGUUUCGUCUGCUAGCCUGCGUGAAUCCUCCCUCUGAUCAUGGCAAGAAGCGUCUGCCAGCGUCCAUUCGCGGCCGUUUCACCGAGCUGUUCAUCAACGACCUGGGCGAAGACGACCGCAGUGAUCUGAUGCUCCUGGCGCAACAAUUGUUGCCUCAUCCUCGACCCUCGACGUUUACCUGCGGUAAUGUGGUGGACCUGUUUCUGGCCAUUCGCGCGAAGAGUGUCUCGCGAGAGGUGGUGGAUGGAAGUGGACAGCCGUGUCAUUUCAGCGUUCGUUCGUUGUGUCGAGCGCUGAGCUAUGUAGCCAAGCGCCACACCACGCUGGGGUUUGUUCGAGCGUUAUACGAUGCGUUUGGUGUGACCUUCCUCUCGGUACUCGACGAUGCUUCCUGUGACCUGCUGUGGCCGCUGCUACAGACAGCGUUACUGAUGCCUCAUGGGAUCACCAAGCCUGGACAGCUCAACAAACGGGUCGCUCGUUGCCCUGGCGAGCGCUUCGUUGCUGCGCAAGGUUGCUGGUUGCCUCGUGGACCUCUUCCUCCACAAGAUUCACCGCAGUUCGUGGCGACACCCUCGGUGGAGCAGCGGUUGGACGAACUGUGCUGUAUGUUCGACCAGCCGGUACUGCUGCAAGGGCCCACAUCAGCCGGCAAGACAGCUCUGGCACAGUAUGUGGCACGUGCCGCUGGUCAUCGUCUACUACGAAUCAACAACCACCAGCACACCGAUGUACAAGAGUACCUGGGCGCUUACCAGCCCGAUGCCCAGACCGGCCGCCUCACCUUCCAGCCGGGUCUGCUGGCCCAGGCGGUGCAGCACGGCCAUUGGCUGGUGCUCGACGAGCUCAACCUGGCGCCCUGCGAUGUACUGGAAGCGCUCAAUCGCCUGCUGGAUGGGAACCGUGAACUGUUUGUGCCUGAAACACAGCAGGUGCUCCAGGCACACCCUAAUUUCCGUCUGUUCGCCACACAGAACCCGGCUGGCACCGGCGAGUAUGGUGGGCGCCACCCGCUCUCCAGGGCGUUCCGGUCGCGCUUCGUGGAGCUGCACGUGCAGUCCCUGCCUCCCGCCGAGCUGCAACAGAUCCUGCUGCAGGGCUGCGGUCUGGCGCCACCGUUCUGCCGGACGAUGGUGCACGUGAUGGAGGAGCUGCAGCGUCUGCGCCGCCAUGACCAGGUGUUCGCGGCCAAGACGGCUCUGGUGACGCCUCGCGACCUCUUCCGAUGGGCCAAUCGCCGUCCUGACACCUACGCUGCCUUGGUGGUGGCGGAAGUGCUGCAUAGGAACUGCAAGACGCCGUUGGUGCUGGACAAGGGCGUGUUCGACGGCGCGGCGCCGCCGCCAGGCUUCUCGUGGACCGCUUCGCUGGCGAGGAUGGCGCGGCUGCUGCACGAGGCGUUGGCGCGGAAGGAACCGGCGCUAUUGGUGGGACCUACAGGUACUGGCAAGACAACGGCGGCGGCUGUGGCAGCGCAAGCCAUGGGCCUGCCAUUGGUGGCCGUCAAUCUGCACCAGCACACCGAGACGGCUGAUCUGCUGGGCGGCGUACGCCCGGUUCGUGACCAAGGUGAGACACGAUUCGCCUGGCAAGAUGGUCCUUUGGUGCAGGCGAUGCGGCGUGGUGAAGUGUUGCUGCUGGAUGAGAUCUCGCUUGCAGACGAUGCUGUGUUGGAGCGGUUGAACUCGGUGCUGGAGCCCGAGAGAAGCCUGGUGUUGGCCGAGAAAGGUGGCACUGACGAUCAGGUAGUAGUGGAGGCUCACGCCAACUUCCAUCUGGUGGCUACCAUGAAUCCUGGCGGUGACUUUGGCAAGAAAGAAUUGUCAGCUGCUUUGAGGAAUCGCUUCACUGAGAUCUGGGUACCCUCGGUGGUGGAUGCACCUUCUGCCGAAGAGCUGCUUACCAUCGUUCAGCAGAUGCUGACGUCCACGAUGCAGCGGUUCGCCCAGCCGUUGUCGACGUUCGCUCGGCGAUUCAACCAAGAGGUUGCUGUCGAGGAGCGAUACCGGUUGUCUUUGCGCGAUGUGUUGUCCUGGGUUCGCUUCUGCAAUCACCAAGCGCAAGGGCGGGCGGUUGAUGAAGUAUCACCGGCGGAACUUGAACAGAUCUUCUGGAACGGCGCCGAGCUGGCGGUUCUCGAUGGCGUGGGUAUUGGAGGCAACGCAGCUCGUUCAGCGGCCGUCAAGCUGCAGCUCAAAGCACGUUCAGUACUAGAAGAAUGUACUGGCUCCCAGCUGAACCCGCCAGCUCUGCAAUGGUCAGAUGAUGCAGAAUGGUUUGGAGUAGGCGAGUUUCGCUUAGCUAAAGGUGAAGAGCACGUGGACCCGAGUGUAAUGAUGCAGUUUUCGUUCGAGGCGAUGACCACCAAGACGAACCUGUUUCGAGUGCUGCGGGCGAUGCAGAGCCCUGAUACGCGAGGCGUACUGCUGGAAGGCGCUCCAGGCGUGGGCAAGACUUCUCUUAUCACUGCGCUGGCAGCUCGAGCAAGGCGUCGCCUCGUUCGCAUUAAUCUAAGCGAACAAACUGAUACGCUCGAGCUGCUAGGCACCGAUCUGCCGGUGGAAGGGGGUCGACCAGGCGAGUUUGCUUGGCGCGAUGGUUUGCUGCUGCAGGCCUUGCAGCAGGGUGAUUGGGUACUGCUGGACGAACUGAACCUGGCAUCACAAAGUGUACUCGAAGGGCUGAACGCCAUUCUGGACCACCGCCGCCGCGUGUACCUACCCCAGCUAGGUCGUGAGUUUGUCUGCGCUGAUUCAUUCCUCUUGUUCGCUUGUCAGAAUCCGGUGGUCAUGGGCGGUGGACGCAAGAGUCUCCCUCGAUCCUUCCUGAACCGAUUUGUCAAGGUUCACUUGGGUGCUCUGCAGCAGGAAGAUCUCCAAGCCGCUCUGCUUCGUGCCGCUCCUCAUCUCUCGCCGGCGAUGGCCGUCUCCAUGACUGCCUUCAACCGCCACGUGCAGCAGAUGGCCCCGGCCGGCUUCGAGUUCAACCUACGCGAUCUGCUGCGCUGGGCAGCGCUCUUGAAGAAGGACGCCGGCGUCUCAAAGGAUCUCUCUGCAAAGGUCUUGUGGCCCGGAGCCCAGCUGCUGUACGCCCGUCUGGGCGACGCGCUGCUGCAGCAGAAGGUGAAACGAGCGUUUGAAAGUCAUUUCGGCGUGAUUGAGGCAGACCCUUCGGUGGUGGUGCUGCAAGGGCUGCACAAGCUACUGGAGCAGAUGGCGAUGUGUGUGUUGCAGCAGUGGUCUGUCCUGCUGGUGGGUGGCCCUUCGUCGGGCAAGACGUCGGCGGCGAAGGCGCUGGCACAGCUACGACGCGUCAAGCUGCACCAGCUAACGCUCACUGAUCAGGCAGACGCCUCUGAGCUGGUUGGGUCUUUCGAACAGGCGGAUGUAUGGCGCCACGUUCGUCGUCGAGGCUCUGAGCUGAUGGAACUGAUUACCGAGCUGGAGUCUCAUCGAAGGGAGGCCGCUCUGCAGAUUUGGGCGGCGCUUCAGAAUGCAAUCGAAGAGCGGGAUCAGGCGAAGGCUCUGACAAUGCUCGAGGCUUUGGAAGGUGUGUUGGGUGUGUCAUCUGCUACGAUUGACCCUGAACGACUAGCGGCGGGUACCUACGAAUGGGUCGAUGGGUUGUUGAUGGAAGCGAUGAAGCGUGGUGAAUGGGUCUUGUUGGAUGGGGCGAACCGCUGCCACGCUUCUGUUCUGGAUCGGCUGAACCCUUUGCUGGACGGCGCGGGCGGGCUUGUGGUAAGCGAACGUGGAGGCGAUCAGGAAUUGGUGAAAGCACAUCCCGAUUUUCGAUUGUUCCUUGAUGCUGAUCCUUCCUUGGGCCACGUUUCACAAGCGAUGCGAAAUCGAUGUGUAGAGAUCCACCUCUCUGGUAGUGAUUCUUUCGUGACCGACGUGGAUACUGGGUUGUUAUUAGCUGCUCGAGGGGUCGCUGGUCGUGAGCUUCGCGAGUGGGUGGUGAAUAUUCAGAGGCCCCUUCGACAGAAGCUGCGGUGGGGCAGCCUGGCCGUCCAUCUCGGGUUGUUUCAUGGUUGGAAUGACGAGCAGUCGAUUGUGGAGGCAUUUUCGCAGACUUCACUCGAUGUGCAAGGAGAGAAGUUGGACAACGAAACACAUGAAGCUCUCCGUCAGGCAUUGAGGGCGUUUCCCGAGAAAUGUGGCGAACGUGCCCUGAAGAUGUGGAUCGAUUCGAUGCCCAGCUGCGAUCGAGGGCAAUCGGUCGUAUCGGUGACGACAAGCCAUGUGUGCAGAGCGCUUCAGGUUAGUUGGGAUCAGAGUUUGGAGCAUCAUCUGUUUGCUACGACGGAACUCCUGCAGUACUUUCAGGACGAACGUCUCGUGAUGUUUGCUGUGUCUCGGUUGCUUCCUAGACUUCCUGUCGCUGGCCAUUGGCUCAGAGCUUCUCUGCUCGUCGGCGACGGUCAAGAUCUUCUCUCGACUUCUGCAUUGACCGUUCGGGUGGUAGCGUUGCACACCUUGGUUGUUCAGAAGCUGGUGCAGGAGAUGUCGAAGGGUAUCUCACGGACAGUUCUCGAGCGAUUGCUUCAGGUGAUCUCUACGAUGGAUCCACAGAUCAUGUGGGAAAAGCGCGAUGAAACCGACCCUGUUGCUGUUGAAGCCGCUUCAUUGACGUUUCUGGACUGGGCUCUUCGCCUCGUGAGAGAGAGCGGUGCCAGGAACGAAUGUCUUGACGACGCACGAGAAGAAGAUGUGGAUGCAAGACUCGUCAAGAUGGCGCUCUCGUAUCGUCAGGUUCAGCAGCAGCUAACCCAUGCCUUCACAGGCUAUCAACUUCCUGUGAUGGAAAGCACUUCUGCGUUGGGUCGGGCAGUGGACGAACUGGCCCAAUUGUCUGGCCUUGUGGACAUGAAAGAAACCAUGGCAUCAUGGCUAUGGCAUCAUCGACCUCGUCUUUCUCUUCCUUGCUCACACCAAGCCCUGCAACUGCUGCAGAUGCUACAGCAGGUUUCUCGUGGCUGUCGUGACACCAUUCAUCUGGUGCCAGGGGGUGUACAACUGCUUGCUGAGGCAGAUAGUACGGCCGCCUGGUGCUUCGCUGACCAUCAUGGUGAGCAGCAGCCCUGGACGACGACGCUCCAGGCUACGAUGAACAGUCUUCGCGAUGUGGAGCUGGCCGCCUUUCGAGCUAUGGACACGAAAGUAGACGCCCAACAAGAUGAAGACGAAGCGCUGCAGGAGGCAUUGCUGCGAGGCAAUCGUGCCGAGACGGAAGUGCUGUUGUUGAUGGCGUCGACAGCUGCUCAGGCGGGAGCAGCUGCCUCUCUUCUAGCAACAGCCUGUCAGUUCGCCAACAGCCGCAGCCACAACAGUUCGCUGGUACCGGCAGCCAUCCAGCUGCAGAAGAUGUGGCAGCACACGCUGCUGGAUCAGGUGGAAGCGCUGGUGGAUCGAUUGGAGCAGCAGCGGCAGCUGGCGCGGCGGCUGGCCACAACGGCUUCAUCAUCCUCGUCUCAGGCGCUGGAGCGAGCGCUCGCACGAGUAGCCGGGCAGCUAUGGGAAGAUCUGGAGGCUGCCGCCGAGGCGAUGGACCAGACGCUCUGCGUGAGGCGGCGGACGUUGCUGCUGCACGUGAGUUCAUCACGCCAAGAUGCGUGCCAGGCGCUGGAUACGCUGGUGCACCUGGCCGAGAUCUGGCAGCGCGACUACGUCCCUUCAAGUCGUCCUGACCUCUCGCUGGAACCAGCGCUCAGCAGGGCACACCAACUGCUUUCACACUGGCGUCGUGCCCAGCUGAAGGCCUGGCGUAGCGCGCUGGACGAGCAGCGGCGACAGCACGGCCGGCUAGCGCUGCAGCUAUGGCCCCGGCUCCAUGCAGUACUGCAGCGGGCCGACGAGGAACGGCUGCCGCUCCUGCAGCAGUUCCUGGCCAGCUCGACCGUGGGCCAGUGGCCAGCACGGCUGGCGCUUCUGCGCGUGCUGUCCGGUCUGCGUCCCGCCGAUGUGCUUCUGGCCAACGUCGUAGCGUAUUACACGCCGAUCGAGGCCUGGGAUGACCGGGUGAAGCGGCGUGACCAGCAUCUCGAGGAGCAGCGCCGUACCAAAGCGCAGCUGGCGCGACUCUAUCGACAAUGGAAUUCGGUGUUGGCCGGACCAUUCACAUUGGCGUACCCACACUUGCCACGGCCCGUUCCUUCGGACUUUCGCAGCGCGCGGCGGAGUGCGUGGCCGACGGUUCGGGGCAGCGCUCAGCAGCCGGCGGUGGCGCGGGUGCUGGCGGCCGGCGUGGGCAGCGAGCGAUGGCGAGCAGCACGAGGCGCGGCUGGCGCCCGGGUGCGCUCACUAGCCAAGGCGUUGCAGGACCGCGUGGCUCAGGUGACAGGCGAGGCCGUGGCGGUCAAGCAUCGGGCGCUGGUGCAGACGCUGAAGCAGAUGCGGGCCGAGGGUCUGGCCGAGCACGAAGCCUUUGCGCGGCGUCGUUUGGGCGUUGGGACGGUUGCGGCGGCUGCUGUACUGCCUGCUGUGCCCCUGGGGCGAUCAUCGGGCCCGUUGAUGGACGUGCUGCAACGCGUCGCAGGGGUGCGAGAGCAGCAGCAGCGUGGCGAGGUUCGUGAUUUGAGCAAUGCCCAGGCGGCGCGGGCGGCAGGAACGCUCGAAGCGGUGCUGGCGGCGGCGCUGGAGCAGCAGGUGUGGCUGUGGCGCGCCGAAGCGUUGCGUGUGGCUUUGCUGCGUCUUCGGCAGCCCGAGCGGCCGGAUGAUCUGCGAUUCAUGGCCCGGCAGAUGCGCUGGGCGCUGGUAUCGGUGCAGGAGGCCAUGUUGCCUCGGAAGGAUGUGCUGUUGGACGGAUGGACGCCGGCGCGCAAGAUACAGAUGUUGGCCGAGGAGUUGUUGGCCAACGAAUCGGCUGGCACGGAUACAUUGACGCAGGAGCAUCUUCUGUUAAGGGACGCGCUCGAUUUGGAAGAAGUGGAACGUCUUGUGGAGGAGAUGGCCGAGGUGACGGUCGGCGAUGAACUUGCACCGCUGCUUGAAGGUCUGGAACAGCAGCUGGAGCAUGGAUGUGCCUUGCGUUCGUUCCAGGCGAGUGUAAUGGAGCUGCUGAUGGCGGGAACAAGUGUAUUGGAGCGUGUGAUGAAGGACGGUUUCUGUCGUCCCAAGGAAGAACCGCUGGAGGAUGAAACUGCGGUUGACAAACUGGGUGAAGGAACAGGCAUGGGCGAAGGAACAGGCGUCGAAGAUGUGAGUCACGAAAUCGAAGACGAAGAACAGUUGCUGGGUCUGCGCGAUCACUCCAUGCCGGAUGAAGAAGAGAAACAAACGGACAAGCCAGAACAGCAAGAAGUAGACGCUGACCGCCCGGGGAUGGACAUGACUGAAGAGUUUGAAGGUGAAAUGUUCGAUGUCAAGGAGGACGAUCAGAAGGAGGAACAAGGCGAGGAUGAGGACCUUGAUGACGAGUCCGAGUUAGAUCGUGAAAUGGGCGAAACGAAUCGAGAUCGCGACCAAGUCGAGAACGAGAAGCAGCAGCAGAAGGCGAUAGAAAAGCCUCAACAGGACUCUUUGCCGGAUCAGCAAGAGCCAGAGGAAUCUACAAUAGAGGGCGAAUGUGCUGUUGAUGGCCAGGAGGACGAAGAAUGUUUCAACGGAAUGCCUGAAGGGAACGAUGCCGAGGAGAUUGGCAAAGAUCUCGAAUUACCCGAAGAUCUCCAUCUGGAUGAUGGUGAGGCGCCUCUAGAUUCUGAAAUGGACCUCGGUGAGGCUGAGGGCGACGAUGAAGAGCACCAACAGGAAGAUGAAGAUCACCAAAGCUGCGACGGAGAGGAGCUGCCUGGAGUUCCUGAUGAUCAGGACAAUCGCGAAGGUUUUGAAGAUACAGAGAUACCACAGCUGGAGGAGGACGAAGAGGGAGUAAAGGCAGGAGGCGGGGAAGAAGCCCCUCAAGAGGAGGAUAUGGAAGGCGAAGAAGAAGCCACUCAAGUGCCGCCAGAAUCCUCCAAAGACGUGUCGACUGAUGCAGACGCUCAUGGAGUUCCCCAUGGAGACGAACAACCCGGGAAUUCGACGUUAAACGAAGAAGACCAAGCCGUUGACCCCGUCUCUGGUGGUUCUGGAUCUCUUUGUGAUCAGCAGCAAAGUCAGCAGGAAGAAGACGCUCAAGGAACAGCGAUGGAAGGUGCUGAAGACGACGGGCAGCGUAAGGACCAGAGGGCAGACUCGACGAAGGAAUCGUCGGUGAAGAGCCUAGCCGACCUGCAGAAGCAUUGGGAGAAGCGGCGUGCGGAAUGGGCGGAACGUGCUGGAGAGGAUUCUAGACCGCAGAAAGGCGAAUCUCAGGAGGAUGUGAUUGAUGAACAUAGGCUGGUACAGCACGUUGCAGAAGACGAAUCAGCUGAUGGUGUGGCAAUGGGUGAUGCUGCGAUGGAAGAGGACGCCAUGGCACAACAAGAAGAGCCAGAAGCCGCUCCUGCGUCCACAGAAACGCCUGAAGGCGAAGAUGACGAAGCAGGCGACACACCUAAAGCAGAGAACGAACCCGAAUCGUUAGAGGAGAACGAUUCGAAGAUGUCUGCUGCUCGUGCCUCUGAGCGUCCAAUGCGUCCCAUCAAGAAAGAAGACGAUGACGAGGUUCUGGACGCUGCGCGUGAUGAAGAACAUGAGAAAGAGGAAGAAGGUCAGGCGGAUGAAGGCGAGGAAGCGAAGGUUGAGCUGGGUGCCUCGUAUGUAGGUGCAGUGCAGAAGAAUGAAGAGGUGGAAGCAGACGUUUGUGAAGACGAUACGACAUCGGAUGUGCAGAUGGAAGAUGUGGAGACGAUAGAAAUGGAGACGAGUGAAGCGAUGGGUGUGGGUAUCGAGGUGGAGAGCUCGGCCAUGGAGCUGUGUGAGCAGCUGCGUCUGGUGUUGGAGCCAACGGUGUGCUCGAGAUUAGCAGGCGAUUACAGGACUGGCAAGCGAUUGAGGUAG